AUAACCAGAAAGCUUCGAACGCUUCGGAAAAAGUUCCCCAGCAGAGCAAUAACCGAAUGACAGAAGAGCACCGAGAAGAACAAGGCGGUGAAGAGACUGGCCGCCUGCAAAUUCCGACGGGGCGGGUCAAGAAAAUCAUGAAACUCGACAAAGACAUCAAGAAGGUCAGUUCAGAAGCCCUGUUUCUCAUCUCCAGAUCCACGGAGCUCUUCAUCGAAUUCCUUGCCGAGAGAUCGGCGGAAGUCGCAGUACAGAAGAAGAGAAAAAGUGUAAAUCUAGAGCACUUUCGGGAUGCCGUGAAAAAGCACCGGCCGACCAGUGAUUUUCUCCUGGAUUCUCUUCCCAUGCCUUCUGAACCCACGGGUAAACCAUUGAAAGGUAGCCGCAAUCGAUCCGAAGGGAUGAAAAAAUCUGUUGGGACACGAAAAAUCGACGCUUUCUUUCUGAAAUGCACUUAGGUUAGUGUUCUUUGAAUUGAUUUUUUGCAAGAAUUACAAUUUUUGUUUAUGAUUAGGUUUGUGCCUUUUUUUUAGUAGGGGACUAUAGUACUACGUAUUAACAUCCCUGUUCCAGAUGACUUGUGCUUAAUUCUCCAUUGUUAGAGAAGAUUGUAACAAAUUAAUCAAUAUCUGUUAUCAGUUAAGUUGCAGAUGCGUGUGAGGUUGUGCUAUAGAACAGUAGGAUUUCUGUUCUAUCCAAAUGGCUAUUGAAAUUUGGGGUUUGUGCAUAGUGGAAAUAAGUUUGAUGAAUCUCCACCUGGUAGUCCUUGCACUUUCACAGUUUCACCAAGGGAAUUGGUCACUCAGUAAUAAUGGCCGCUAUUAGCCUAUUACAUUAUCAUCAUAUAGAUAGUACAUAGUUUAGUUCACCAGCUCAUCUAAUAACCCAAAUAAUUAUCCAACGUAGUUAUGCAUAUGGACAUGUGGGAAGGGUAAAUACUAAAUAACUUAAAUGACAAAGACCUUGAGGACGUUAACAUUGGUUCGGUGGUUUCGUAUAGUUGAUAAAGUCUGCCUUUAGGUGGGAGUGUCUGUAGGUUAUUCAAUGAGUGGCCUCUCAAAAUCUGCUCUGAAUCUUUUCUUUCUUUUUCUUGUUUGACGCGAAUGCAUUAACCCUUUCCGUUAAACGUGACACCAAACAUAAAAAAGUUUUUGUUAUAAAUGACAAUAUCAGUGCUUCAUGGGAACACUGAUACUGUGAGAAGACAAGCUCUCAAGUGAAAUAAGCUGUAAUGAGGCUUUCACCUAAAACAUACAGAACUUCCCUGGGUGUGGAAGAUCUCUGCUGCUGGCCUUUCCGGCCACAUAUUUCAUUGUUAUCACUAGCUUUCCAUUCACAAGCACUUUCCUCACUUCAAUGUUACUUGUAGAAUGUGGCAGGGAAGGUCAGUUAAGAGGUUCUAUGUGUAUCCUCCCUUGAGAUUUAAGGUUUCAUGAGAAGAAUGAACCUUGUAGGAUGAGUGAUUUAGAUUUUCAAGGACAGAAUUAUUUGCUAGAGUUUAUAUUUUGAUACCAUAUCAUGAUGUGGUGUUUUACGAGUAGAUUAAUACUUAGUAGUCUAAUGCCUUAUAUAUAAGUUUUUUUUUUAUACUUCGCCGAGGUGUAAGCCCAUAUGGUUGCAGUCGUGGCUUAUGUUCUUAUUAUGAUAGUGGCCUUUUUUAUGUGGAUCUUAACAGUUUUGACUAAAUGUUUGUGCAAGUGUGUUAACUAUUUUGGCUAUGUUAGUUAUUCUGAACUGUUUGGAAAUAGGUAGCUAUAUGAAAUAAACACAAUGACCUAAUAAACAUAUUAUUCCGUUAGUAUUAAUGUAUUAAAUCUAUAUACAUAUUUUUUCACACAUCUUUUAUCUUAUGUAGUACUAGUAUGAUUUUCUUAAUUUUCUAUUUGAAAUGACCAAUAACAAUAAACUAGUUAUAGAUUGAAUUUUCUAUUUAUAUAUGUAAUAUAAAUGUUAUACGUAGUAGUAUUGAAGGGGAGCCUUGCGUACUGGUUAAUGUGGUUAAGGUGUUGUUGUGUGACCUAGAGGUCACGGGUCAAGUCUUGGGGGUGGCCUUUUGUCAAAAUUUGACAGGGUAAUGCUUGCUCUUUAUACACUCUUGUGGUGGGACGCCUUGCGGGAUGCCUUCAUGCACAGAGCUGCCCUUUAUAUAUAAAUGUCAUAGUAUUAGUGUCAAAUAGGCCCUUCUUAACCAAGAAAUAGAAAACCUUCCAUUAGAACAUUCUACUAGUUAAAAAUUAGAGUUGUGUCUUUGCGUUUCUUUAAAUUAAAAAUUAGAGUUGUGUCUAAAAACUUAAGGAAGGAGAUGAGGUACCUUUAGUUUUUUUAAUCCAAUAAGCUGCAUUUGUGUCCAUUCAGCUUCCAUGUAAAGAUAAACCUAGUGACAAGGAAAGUGGACCUGUUCAUAACCCGUAAAGGUUAUGAAUUAGAGAUAUUACAAGUAUUUGCAAGUAAUGGUUGUAGAUGGAGCUGAUUUUGUGAUUUUUGUCCAGACCCCUGAGAGCGAUUAUAGCUAAUGUGGAGUGAUAGAAUGGUCUACUUGAUGGUUUAAAUUUAAGAGAUUUAGUGCCAUUUAGAUAAGAAAUACUCCCUCCGUCCCUUAUAACUUUGCCAACUUUCCUUUUUUGGUUGUCCCAAAAACUUUACCACUUUCCCUUUUAAUCAAUCAAUUUGUGGCUUCUGUUGUUUCUCUCUCCUCUUCACAAAUUUCUACCACACGGUUUUUACUUUAUUAUUCUACGUGCCGGUCAAACUUGGCAAUCUUUUUAGGGACGGAGGGAGUAACUUUUAAAAUAAAAAGAUUAUCGAAAAAUGUCAGGCAUAUGCAACACAACCAAGACCGAAAAAAUAGGGGGGAAACUCAAGCAGGCAACCCUCUUGAGUAGGUUAUAUUUCUGUUAUUAACUUAUAACUAGAGUAGGUUGUACUGGAAGGCUAUAAAUAGAAUAGUAUGGGAAGGAGAGGGUAGGCUGUUUUAGACUUAGUCUUGGGACUUGGGAAAGAUUAGAGAAUCACUUUCUCUUCUCUUUGGGAGGCUUCGGCCUUUGUUACUGUUAGUGUUCUACUCCUUCAAUAAAGAUUUUCCAUUGUUCUUGAUAUAAUUUCUGCAAUUUGUGUAUAUUCUGGAGGUUUCUAUCAUUGGUAUCAGAGCACGUUACUCGUUACUUCCUGGAGACGGAAAAAAUCUGAAUCAUCGGAAUGAUGGAGGAAUUCUAUAUGACACCGCAAAUGGAAGAAAGAUUUGACAAUCUGAAUCAACAGAUGAAGGAGACGAACCAACAGAUGAAGGAGACGAACGCUAGGUUGAAAAGUAUCUUGCACGACUGUGAGCGUCUAAAUCGUAGAUUGCAGCGAUCGAGCAACACCAAACAUCAUCGUCUUUCUGAUAAACAGAGUCCAUCGCAGUCGCUCACCAAGUCGCAGAAGGAGUCGCAAACUGUUUCGCACUCGCGAGAGGAUUCACGCGGAAAAUUGUGGAAGCUCGCAGAAAAUGUUGAGCGCUAGUGGACAGUGAUCAAUGCAUCUCAAGAGUUUCAAUGGCACUGACCACGUUAGGGAAAGAAGUUGAUCUGGAAAGAAACAGAUCAAAGUGUGAUGGUCCAAGCAAGGAAAAUGAGGAGGAAAAAUCUCUGAGAAUUGAUAAACAACCAGGGAGAUACGGGGAAGGUUUCGACUGCCGGUUUUAUAGGGCUAUAAACUGUGAGUACAUUAUGAUUCUCAACAAACCUACUGGAAGAUUUUAUGAUGAAUCAACUAAGUCUCCUUUGUCUCCUUAGGUUCUGGCUGAUUGUUCCUCAGAAUAUCUGGAUUUGAUAAAGUCAUUUACUUGGUUCUUGCAAAACCAAUUGGAGCAUUAAGUCCAAAACAAGAUGGAGAGUCAAUAAGUGAUGUUGUGCUUCUUCAAUGGGUUAAUGAUUUAUUUGAAGAGUUCAUAAGUAAGCACAGGGAGUAUUCUGCCACCAGGAUUAUGAUUCUGCUCCUACUGACAGUGAAGAACAGGAAAAUGAAGUUUCAAGUACUGAAGCUACAAAUCCAGGAUUCAGUGAGGUAUUGGGAAGGAAGGGGCAUAAGAAUGAAGAUGAAGCUGAAAGUUGCGGCUGUUUCCUAUCACCCUCCGUGAGGGCAAGGUGGAUGUUUAGGGAGGGAGUAUUGAUAGGGAUCGACCUAUUAGACUAAUAAAUAGAAGAGUUAGUUGUUAGUUAUAUUUCUGUUAUUAACUAAUAACUAGAGUAGGUUGUACUGGAACGCUAAAUAGAAUAGUAUGGGAAGGAGAGGGUAGGCUGUUUUAGACUUAGUCUUGGGACUUGGGAAGAUUGAGAUUCUCUCUCUCUCUUUUGGGGGGCUUCGGCUCAUUGGGGGCUUCGGCCAUUGUUCUUGUUCAUCUCUAAUAAAGUUUGCAGUUGAUUCUUGA